CUACGUGACUCUCGCUCUAUUGCUCGGCGAGUGAUUGCGCACGCCUGUAUCACGAGGGAAGAUGGCGGACAAAACCGAGGAUUUGAGUAGCGCCGCUGCUGAGGCAGACCGCAAAACUGGAUCGCCCUCGUCACAUGUCGCAAGCAGUCGGGGCUUGGAGGAUGGCGGCUGGUCGACCCCCAUCCUGUCACUCGCCAGGAAAGCGUCAGAGACCCUCUCGGCGAACUACGGGAGCGCUUUGAAAUCAGCAGCGGUGGGAUUUGCAGUCAAAGCGAGCAGCGGCGACAACACGAUCAGCAAAAUAAAAUGGAUGCCAGUUGUCAAAUUAAAUUGCUUUGAAUUAAUUGAUGCAUUUUGUUACUGUAGUGAAUUCUAUGAACCAAAUGCACUGAUGAUGCAUGAUGAAGGAGCAAUCAUUGUUGGCCUGCUGGUGGGCCUUACAGUUAUUGAUGCAAAUCUUUGUUUAAAAGGAGAAGACUUGGAUUCUCAGGUUGGGGUGAUUGACUUCUCACUGUAUCUUAAAGAUGGAACUCAGGAUCACGCUGACUGCAGACAGGACUCCGAACUCACUAAUAUCCUGGAUCAGAAACAUUAUGUGGAAGAACUCAACAGACACUUGAGUGGUACAGUUUCUGAUCUACAGACAAAACUGGAUUCAUUGGAAAAAACUAAUGCAAAACUAAUGGAAGAGCUUGCAGCAGCAAAUGAUAGAAUUCAGUCUCUUCAGGAGGAGCAGAAUCAAUUGAAGCAAGAAAAUUCAUCGAUCCUUGAAACAAGUGAACGUCGAGUAGAGGUGAGCAGACAAGAUUCUGAAGUAGAACUGGAAACGUACAAACAAACUCGUCAAGGUCUAGAUGAAAUGUACAAUGAAGUCUGGAAACAACUGAAAGAAGAGAGAAAAAUUCGCGUGGAACUGGAGAAAGAAUUAGAACUACAGAUGAGCUUGAAACAAGAAAUGGAAAUAGCCAUGAAGCUACUGGAGAAGGAUACACAUGAGAAGCAAGAUACGCUAGUAGCACUCCGACAACAGUUGGAAGAAGUCAAGGCUAUCAAUUUGCAGAUGUUUCAGAAAGCUAAGAAUUCUGAGGGGACAGCACAGCAGAAGGCUGAAAUGAUAAAUUCUCUGGAACAAAAGGCUAACCAGAUGAUUGAUGCCACAAAGCAAAUGGAGGAAAGACUGCAACAGUCUGAACAAACUAGACAGUUAGCAGAAGAAAAAAAUCAAAAGAUUGAGAGAGAAUUUGCUAGCAAGAUUGAGAAUCUCCAGCGGCAGAUCAGUGAAUUGGACAAACAACGCUCUACAUUGGAAUCUGAACUUAAAGCUGAGAAGGAACAAAGGCAAAGUCUUCAGCAACAGUUGCAACAAGAGAGGGAUGUAACGUCUCAGUUAAAAGCUCAGCUGUUGCAGAAGUCCGGCUUAGAGAAGGAAAUGGAGACAUUGCAAGAUGAGAAAAAACAACUACACAAGAUCUGCGAAGGACAGGAACAGGCAUUACAAGAAAUGGGACUCCAUCUUAGUCAAUCAAAAUUGAAAAUGGAGGACAUUAAAGAGGUCAAUAAAGCAUUAAAGGGAAAUGCCUGGCUGAAAGAUGAUGAAGCAACAUCCUGCAAACAAUGUGAGAAAGAAUUUUCAAUUUCAAGAAGAAAGCAUCAUUGUCGAAACUGCGGCGAUAUCUUCUGCAACAACUGUUCUAGUAAUGAGUUGGCACUUCCUUCUUACCCUAAACCUGUGCGGGUCUGUGACACUUGUCAUACGCUACUACUACAGAGGUGUUCUUCAAAUGCUUCCUGAAUUCAGCAGAAUUUGUAACCAGCCAUUAGUGUGAGCUUUUUUCAAGCUCUAUUGCACCAGUAAAGCUGUUAAAGAAAUUAAGUUCUAUAUGCCAAUAUCUAUUUCUGGAACUCAGAGCUGAAUAUUUUCAUUUAACUGUCCAAAUGAAAGGGCUUGCAUUAAGUUAUUGACCAAAUUGACACUUAAAUUGAAUACUAGAAUUGUAAUCAAAAUUUUGAUGAUUUGCUCUAAGGUAAUACACCUUAGAUCUGUCACAACAGUGAUAUAAAAUGCCAUUAACCCUAUUACCAGAUUGGUUUCUCAUUCUUUUCAUCUGUCAGAAUGGUUUUAAUUGGUUUCUAGUCAAAUUGUGUAAGCUUUUAUUACACUACCACCAACUGAUGUAAUUCCACUCAGUUACAGUCAACAAAAUUGAUUUAUGUUGGUUGAAGUUAGUUAUUUUUCAGGUUUGUAGUGCCAUAAUGUAUUUGUACUUCAGAGCUAUUUUUAUGGCUUCAUGUGCCUUUGUUGGAUAAUAAAUUGCAAUACCUGUAUUGAAGCUCUAGAAUUUACAUGUAUGAAUUUAAUAAUAUGGCUUAUUAUACUGUUAGAAACAAAAUAUUGUAGCUCUUACUUGCAUUUUGUGAAUAUCAAAGCAGUCAAACCACAACGUUGCCAGAACAAUGCAUAAUGAUCUGCUGUUAUUAUGGGGGUAAAAAGUGCACACAUAUUUAACAAAAAACAAUUGUGUGCUUUUUUUUUUUGAGAUUCCUCCUUCUCAUUCACCUGGGGGUCCCUAAUGAAUGUAUAAAAUCCUUUAUGUACUAUUUGUAUAUUUCUAAUACAUUUCACUUGAAUAUAAACACUUCAAUAUAAAACUGAUCCAUUUCAUUCUCCUUGGAUUGAUGUUUUCACUGAUUUGAGCUACAUAGGCAACUUUGCAAAAUAUUCUCAUGCAAAUAAAUCUACAGUCGCCUGGCAAAGAACAGGAAACGAUGCACUUACUGAGAUGUCCCUAGAUUUAAAAUCACAAAUGUAAGUACAGAAUGGUCUCUACAGCUUGCUUUUUUAUUGAGGGUGUUAUGACUAGUCCCUGGGUGACUAUGAUUAUGGACAAAACCUCCCCAAACUGAUAUGUUUCCAGACAGGAGAGAGGAAAUUACUCCCCCUUUUCUUAUUCAAAUCCUCUUGCCUCUAAUUGGUUGCAGCAAGGUUAACUGAACAGAAGGCAUCUUUUCCCUCUUGGAUGCCUGUUACAGUUCCAAAGUAUUCAUGUUUUAAAAGAAACCAAUUUAACCAGACCCUUUUAGGUUAAGGAAAGAGUGAGAUUGUUUGUUAAUUAAUAAAAUCACCAAGGAAAAUAAUAAAAUGCAAUGCAUACACCUACUUGAAAUGAGGAGUGCAGAAAGACAGUUUGAAAAAGACAUAAAUCAGUCUUUGGCUUUAAAGGAGCUUUAGAUGGUGGGGAGAGGCAGGACUAGAAGAAUAGGUCAGAUGUGCUGUGAGUGAGGGGAAGGGCAAUGUUAAAUCCAGUCUAAUAAGAAUAACCUGGCCCUGCCUGUUCGUGAACAUGGUGGGGCUAGCAAUCUGAAGUGUAUUUAUUUUAAUGCAAGAACUACAACCAGUGAGGCUGCUGAGUUCAGCCUGGAUUACUACAUAGGACUGUGAUAUGGUAGCCAUUAUAGAAAUUUGGUUGAGCAAAAGGGCAGAACUGACAGUUCAACAUGCCAUGAUUUAGAUGUUUCAGGUGACUUAGAAAGGAAUGUAAAUGGUGGAGAAAUUUCAUUACUGAUAAGGACAAUGUCACAGCUGCAGAGAGGACAUCCUGGGGGCGGUGGGGGUGGUGGUGAUUAUCCAUACGGUAGAACUCUAGAAUAAGAAAACUGCAAUCACAAUGAGGAGACCUUCCAAUAACCAGCAGGAGAUAGAGGAAGUGGUAUGUAAGCAGAUCAUGGAAAGAUGUAUAUUUUAAAACAAAGGUGAUUUUUAACUUCCCCAAUAUUGACUGGCACUCCCUUAGUGCCACGGGCUUAGCUGAGGCAGAAUUUGUUAAGUGCAUCCAGGAGAGUGUCUUUAAACAAUAAGUAGAUAAUCCAACAUAGGAAGGGGCUGUACUAGACCUUGUAUUGGGGAAUGAGCCUGGUUAGGUGAUUGAAGUUUCAUUGGGGGGAGCAUUUUGGGAACAAUGACCACAAUUUCAUAAGUUUUAAGUUAGUUAGAGAUGAGGUCCUUGGUUGAAAGUACUAGACUGGAGGAAAGCUAAUUAGGCAGGAACUAGACAAAUUGGAUUGGGUGGGGGUGAGGGGAGGGGGGAGGUUGGAGAAUUGCUGUUUGAGGCUAAAUCUGCAUCUGAAAUGUGGGAGUCUUUUAAAGGCCAGUUGAUCCAGAGUUCAGGAUCAGCAUAUUCCUGUGAGGAUGAACGAUAAAGAUGCAAGAUUUGGGAACCUUGGAUUAAAGAGAUAUUGAAAAUUUAGUCAUAAAAAAACAGGAAGCAUGUGUAAGAUUUAGAAAACUGAAAUCAAACGAGGCCCAUGAGGGAUCUAAAGGAAGCAGAAAAGAACUUGAAUUAGGAGGGCUCGAAAGGCCCAUGAAAUGUCCUUGGCAAAUAGGAUUCAGGAGAAUUUCUAAGGUUUUUUUUUACAUAUUAGGAGCAACAGGGUGAAUAGCGAAAGGGUAGGUCCAUGCAAGGAAAAAGGCAAUUAGUGGGUGGAGCCAGAGGAAUGGCAGGGGUGGGGGAGGUGGUGAGGUCCUUAAGUACUUUGCAUUGGUAUUCACUAAGGAGAAGGACAUGGAAGAUGGUAAAAUUAGGGACAGAUAGGUUGACAUUCUGGGGUAUGUAUAUGUUUAAAAGGGGGAAGGUGUUGGGUGUCAUGAAAAUCAUUAAGGUAGAUAGGUCUCCAGGCCCUGAUGGGAUCUACCCCAGGAUACUGAAGGAGGCAAAGGAGAAGAUUGUUAGAGCCUUGACCAUACAAUAUAGGAGCAGAAUUAGGCCAUUUGACCCAUUGAGUGCUUCACCAUUUGAUCAUAGCUGAUAGGUUUCUCAACCCUAUUCUCCUGCCUUCAUCCCCUUAACAAUCAAGAAUCUAUCUAUAUUUGUCUUAAAUACAUUCAAUGUCUCCACAGCCUUCUAUGGCAAUGUGUUCUCCAGAUUAACCACCCUCUGGCUGAAGAAAUCCCUCCUCAUCUCUGUUUGAAAGGGUCAUCCCUUCACUCUGAUGCUAUGCCCAUGGGUCCUAGUUACUGCAACAUGCAAACGUCUCUUCCAUGUCCACUCUGUCCAGACUUCUCAGUAGAGGUAUUUCUGUUAUAACGCAUGUUUCCUUAAUGCAAAUUGGCUAUAACUUGAAUGAUAAAUAGUGGAUACUGUGGAUAAUGCAAACUUUCUGUUGCAUAGGUAUAGUGAUUUCCCAUAAUAUAAUUUUCUGUAGUGCGAGGUCACACAUGAGCAUAACUAUUGUGUUAUAGGAGAACUACCUGUAUUCUGUAAAUUUCAAUGUGAUCUUCAUUCGUCCUUCUAAACUUCAUUGUGUAAAGAACUAGAGUCCUCGACCGCUCCUCAUGAUACCUGGGAUCAUUCUAAUGAACCUCCUCUGGACCCCUUCCAAUGACAGUAGAUCCUUCCUUACAUAUGGGGCCCAAAACUGCUCCUAGAGAUCUUUGUAUCCUCUUUAGCUACAGGGGAGGCCCUAGAAGACUGGACAAUAGUCAAUGUUGUUCUUUUGUUUAAGAAGGGCAACAUGGAUAACUCAGGAAAUUGUAGGCCAGUGAACCUUUGAUCAGUGGUAGUGAAAUUAUUGGAGAAAAUUCUAAGGGACAGGAUUUACUCACAUUUGGAGACAAAUAGACUUAAUAGGUGUAAUUGGCAUGGCUUUACGUGGGGGAGGCCUUGUCUCGCAAACUUGAUUGAGUUUUUUUGAGCAAGUGGCAAUGAUUUAUGAGGGUAGGGCAGUAGAUGUAGGCCACAUGGAUUUUACGAUGAGGAGCCUUGUCAAAUGCAUUAGUAGUGUAAUGGAGGAGACCAAACCCCCUCAAAACAUAUUAAGGAGAUAGCCUAGAUCCUAACUUUUAUCUUAUUUCAAGACAAGUGUAAGGCACUAUAUUCCAGAUGUGAUUUGAUUGGCCCACUACUAGGCUUUAAGCGAAACACACUUUAUUCUUAGAACACAUUUAAAAUACUAAGAAAAAAAGAAUUGGUGUAACUUUAAUUCUAUUGAAAUAAUAUAUAUUCUAAUUCCUACUCAUCAACUGUUUCCAUGUAAUAGCAACCCAUGAACACACUCUUGGCAAAGGCAAAUUCAGCAGGACAGAUUUUCAGCACUUGCUAUCUCCUCCACUCCAGGAGCAAGGAACACCGACAGAAACAAUCUAGCAGUGAAGAAAGAGCUGUACGAACUUAACUGAUAGCAAAUCUAAAACCUUGGGUCUGUGUGAGCCUGAAUCCACCAACUCAUGCUUUUUUUGUCUAAUUUAAAAUACACAGUGAAAAGCAGUAUAUCCAUUGCUUCUGAAGCAGAUAUUCCAGUGCCACUAGCAACACCUCUCAGCAAGAAGAACAGCAAAAAACAAAUCCCUCUUAAAGGCACAGUACCAUCACACCUCCCCCUUAAAAGAAACAUUAAUAUACAAUGAUGGCGUCAUUUUCAAAGACUUUAGUCUCAUGGUAUUAGUACUCUACAUUACACUAAGACUGCAAAUAUUCAAUACUACAGUCCAUCUCAGUCCAUUUCUUCUGCCUACGAACACCUCCAUCUUCCUUCAUCAAAGUUUUGCAAAUGUAUCGGCAAUUAUAUUCUCUCAUUCUAUCAUGUAUAAUUUUCAAAUUGAAUAGCUGUAACAAUAAACUCUGUCUAAACAA